CCAGGCAGGAGGCUUGGGCCUGCGGGCCUGCAUAACAGGGGAGCAGCGGGCGGCGGCGUGAGCAGGGCGGGCGAGCCCAGCGCUCUAUCCCCAUGGCCCGGGGCGGGUCGCGGCGUCGGCGGCGCUGACAGGCCCGGGGCGGCGCGGGCGGGGGCCUGGGGCCGAGGGGAAGAUGAGCGCUCUCCUACAGCAGAAGGAGCAGCAAGAGAGGCUGCGGGAGGCUGCGGCCUUGGGGGACAUUCGGGAGGUGCAGAAACUGGUGGAGAGCGGGGUGGAUGUGAACUCCCAAAAUGAGGUCAACGGCUGGACCUGUUUACACUGGGCAUGUAAACGUAAUCAUGGCCAGGUGGUCUCUUACCUGUUAAAAUCUGGAGCGGACAAAGAGAUUCUCACCACAAAAGGAGAAAUGCCGGCCCAGCUAACAUCGAGAAGAGACAUCAGAAAGAUAAUGGGAGUGGAAGAUGAUGAUGAUGGCGACAACCUCCCCCAGAUGAAGAAGGAGUCAGAACUGCCCUUCGUUCCCAACUAUUUGGCUAACCCAGCCUUCCCUUUUAUCUACACCCCUUUGGCAGAAGAUUCGGCCCAGCUGCAGAAUGGGGGCCCCUCCAUGCCUCCUGCCUCACCCCCUGCAGAUGGCUCUCCUCCGUUGCUCCCCCCUGAAGAGCCGCCCCUGCUAGGGGCUUUUCCACGGGACCACCCCUCUUUGGCACUGGUUCAGAAUGGGGAUGUGUCUGCCCCCUCCGCCAUCCUCAGAACACCAGAAAGCACAAAACCAGGUCCUGUUUGUCAGCCACCAGUGAGUCAGAGUCGAUCUCUGUUCUCUUCUGUCCCAUCCAAGCCACCGGUGUCCAUGGAGCCUCAAAAUGGGACAUAUACAGGACCAGCGCCAGCAUUCCAGCCAUUUUUCUUCACCGGAGCAUUUCCAUUUAAUAUGCAAGAGCUGGUACUCAAGGUACGGAUUCAAAACCCAUCUCUUCGAGAAAAUGAUUUCAUUGAAAUCGAGCUGGACCGACAGGAGCUCACCUACCAAGAAUUGCUCAGAGUGAGUUGCUGUGAGCUGGGUGUUAACCCAGAUCAGGUGGAGAAGAUCAGAAAGUUGCCCAAUACUCUGGUAAGAAAGGACAAAGAUGUUGCUCGACUCCAAGAUUUCCAAGAGCUGGAACUGGUCCUAACGAUAAGUGAAAAUACUUUUCUGUUCAGAAGUGCUGCAUCCACACUGCCUGAAAGGCCUUGCUACAACAGGAGAGCUUCCAAACUGACUUACUGAUGCAGCAGGCACUCUCACCACAGAGAAUUGUGACAGUGCUCGACCCCUCUGGGCCAAGGACAAGCCAUCGAUCUACAUGCCUUGGGUGCCCCGUAGGCCCCCGGUGCCACUGAGUAGUACAUACUGACAUUGUUCUGCCAAGGUAGGAAGCCCCUGACCCCCAAGCAGUGGUGCCAUUCUCCCACGCCUCUUGGUGCACAAUAAACCUGUUGCUCAAA